AUGAGAGAAAAAAAUCUUAAUUACAGAAGUGAGUCCAUAUUCCCAGCCAACAGAAAUCUGUUUGAAAUGCUUGAAACAAUAGAUGAUGAAAAGGAAGCUAAAAGAAGUGCACAUUUUUUUAACGACAAUAAAAAUAUUUUAUUAAAUUUAUUUAAAAGUACAAAUCAUACUAAUAAUGUAAACAGUAUAAUACUAGAAAAAAAAAAGAAUAAAAAUCAUGUUAAUAUUUUGAAGGAUAUUGAAACUAAAAACAAAGAAAUGGAUAUACAAGAAUACCAAAAUAAAUCUUUAAAUAAAAAUACAAAUUGUGAUCAGAAGAAAUGGAUAAAAAAUUUUUGUUGGUUUUGCUCUUUAUAUUUGUUAGAUGAAAUUCUAGAAAAGGAAAUUUAUAAAGAAAAAAUUCAUGAGGAUGUAUAUGAAUUAAUUUAUGAUGAAGAUACUUAUUUUGAUACUAGUUCUAUGAUGAGCAUUCCUUAUGAGUUUGCAAGGUUUAUGUUAUCUCAAAUGGAUAAUAACGUUUUUCAUAGAAUUAAAAUAAAUAAUUUAAUAAAAGAAGAAAAAAAUUUAAUCAAAAAAAUUUGUAAAAAUUGUACUUAUAAUAAAAAAUUUAACAAAAUGAGUGAUACAUCAAGCUCAAGUAAAUCCUCUAGUAAUGUGAGUUUAAAAAGUGAUAAUAGUUUAAAUAAAAAUAAUAAAAGAAAUAAAUUCAAAGAUUUAGAUAAUAGCAAUUAUUUGAAUAUUGUUGACAAAUUUAAUGGCAGUAAUCGUGUGUUUAGUAAUAAUAAAAAUAAUAUAAGUAAAGAAAAAACAUUUUAUGAUAGUAAUAAUAUUGGAAAUAAUAGUAGCAAUGAUUUAUUUUAUAAAAGAGUUUCAUCAUAUGAUUAUUUUAGUAAUAGUAAUCAUAUUUAUGAAAAUUUUUCUUUAGAAGAAAAAAACAGAUGGAAAUACGUAAAAACUAAUAAUGAAGAAGAUAUUUUAAAAAAUAAAGAUCAAAAUAACUCAAUAAAUAAAAAUCCUAAUAAUGAUAAUAAUAAUAGUAGCAUUUAUUAUAAGUCUAGUAUAUUAAAUAAAACAAUUUUAAAUUCUCAUAAUUCAAAAAAAAAAGAAAAAGAUGAAGAUGUUAAAACUGAAAGCAAAAAAAAAAAUGGUAACUAUGAAGAAUUAGAUCAUUAUAAUUUUAUACCUUUUGAAGAAAAAAAUAAAAAGAAAAGAAAAGAAAUUCCAAAUAAAAAUUAUAAUUUUUGUUCAAAUUUAAAAAAUGAAAAUAAUAAAUAUGAGCAUUCCUAUAAUAAUUUUUUUUUAAAAAGAAGUAAUUCAUUUAAUAUAAAUAUAGGAGAGACAAAUGAUUUUAUGAAUAAAAUGGAAGAUAUUGAUUAUUUUGAAGAAAAAAUUAGAAGUAAUAAAUAUGAUGAAAAAGAAAAAUUAAACAGUUUGUGUAACUUAAAGCAUAUGCCAAAUAGCGAGUUACUUUGUGAAAAUUUAAAUAAUGACAACAUGAAUUCUGAAAUUAAAAAUGAUUUAAAUAAUUAUAAUGAAAGAGUAUAUAAAAAGUAUAAGAACAAUUUAAAUUAUAUAAAAAAUUUUUAUUAUAUAGAUGAAACAAAAAAAAAGCCAUUUCCAUUAUGUCUAUAUAAUAAUAUAAAAUGUUACAGUUAUGUAAAACAAUGUGUUCGCUGUUGCUGUUUUUUUAAUUCAGAAUGCUGUCAUUGUGUUGAAUGUAAGAAAAAAUAUCAUAUGAAAUUAAGAAAUCCUCAUUAUUUUAUUUUUCAGCAUGGUUUAACUGCAAGUGUAAAUGAUUUUCAAAAUAUUGUUAAUCCAUUAUUAAAAAAAUAUCCUCAUUUAUUUAUAUAUAUAACUUAUAGUAACCAAGGUCAUACUUUUGAAGGUGUUGAUGUCGGAACCGAAAGAAUUUGUACUGAAUUAAUUUGCUUAUUUAAAAUAAUAAAUGAUAAAAUAAACAUUUCUAUGAUUGGUCAUUCCUUAGGGGGGAUAUUAAAUAGAUCCGUUUUAAUAAAUUUAUAUAGAAAAAAAAUGUUUAAAAAUAAAAAAUUAAUUAAUUUUAUUACAUUUGCUUGCCCUCACAUAGGAGUACAUGAAAAUAUAGCAGUUAUGAAAGUUUUAUCAACUUACUUAGGUGCUCAUACUAUUGAUGAUUUAAAUAAUAAAACUACUCUUUUAUUAAGAAUAGCAAACGUUAAAAGUAUAAAUGUUUUAAAAAAAUUUGAAAAUAUUAUUUUUUAUGGAAAUACUCAAUCAGAUUGGUUAGUUGGUAUUCGAACCUCUCUAAUUUUACCAUAUACAUUAUUUAAUGAAGAACUGAUUUUAUUUAUUAUAGAGCAAGCCAAAAAUGUUCCAGAAAUACCGAUUAAUAUUUUUUCAGUUGUACAUUUAUAUAUGAGAAAAAAAAAAUUACUUUUUUUUUAUUUUUAUCAAGAUUUAAAAAGUCCUAAUUAUUUAUUAAAUAAAAGAAAAGAGCAAAGUAAAUUUUUAGAUCAAAUGCUACAAACUAUCAUUUCUUCUCGUAAAAUAUUAUCAUAUUCACAUAAGAAAAAAUUCAAUAUUUUUAUGAAUUAUUAUAGUAACACAGAAAAAAAAAAAAUAGAAGAUAAAAAAAAUAUGAACAAUGCAAGGAAUAAUAGCACAUCUAAUGAUAAAAAUCUACAUAAUAAAAAUGAUACUGACAUGAUGUCUCAUGAGAAAAAUUUAAAAAAUAUUUUUUUAAAUAAGAAUGAAAAUAAUUUCGAAUCAAAUAGUUACUUUAAAAGUCAUUUAUUAAAUAAAAAUGAAAAAAAAAUUCUUCCAAGUGUUGUAAAUUCUACAAAUAGUUCAUUUAAUUUUAAAACGGAUUCUGAAAUAAAACAAGUUAAUACAAUUCGCAGAAAUAACUCUAGUGCAUGUGAACUUAUUUCUUCAUUUGAUAAGGAUGGAGAGAAUACAGAAGAUAAUAAAAAAAUUGAUAUAUGUAAAUCACAUACUUAUGAAGAUAUAUUUUUGAAAAAGAAAGAAAAAAAAAAUUAUUCAAAUGCCAUUGAUACAAAUAUAGAUAACAAGUGUAUUGAUAAAUUAAAUAAAAAAAUGUAUUUAGAAAAGUACCUUAAUAUACAGGAAAGUUUUAAAUUUUCAAACUCCUCAAAUAAUACUAAAAAAUUAGAAUUAAUUAAGAAUGAUAAAGUUCAAAAUUUUUAUAGCGAUUCUUCAUUUAUGAAAGAGAAAGAUGUAGUAGUUAAAAAUAGAUAUAAAAAUUAUGAUUUCAAUGAUACUAUUAGUUAUGAUACUGGUAAUAAUUCCAUCAAUAUUGAUGAUACUAUAAAUGAUGAUAAUAUUAACAAUUGUAAUAAUAAAAAUAAUAACAUAAGUAGUAAUAAUUACACUAUUAAUAAUUGUACAAAUAAGGAUACUAAUAAUAAUAUUAAUAAUUACAAUAAUAAGAGUAACAAUGUAAAUAAUAAUAGUACGAAUAACACCAAUAACAAUAAUGAUAACAAUUAUAAUAGUAAGAAAACAAAAUUCGGGGAUUAUAAGUACUUUGAAAAAUUAUUUUUUGAAUGCUUAAAAACAAAGAUAAUGAACGAAUUAAAAACUUUAGAUAAUAACUUAAAAAAAAAAAAGAAAAAAAAAGUUGAAAAUAACAAAUUAUUUUCUUUACAGAACACUAUUAAAAUAAUAAAAAAUUAUAGUUUUUUAUAUCCCUCAAAAAAUAAUUUGAAGAACACUAAAGAUUUUAAUGAUAAAAAUAAUGAAGUAUCAAAAUUAUUAAGUGAUAAUAUGAAAUGUAAUAGUUCUAAUGAAAAGGAGAAGAGAUUAGAUAAAUAUUCAGAUGAGAAUGAAAAUGAUCAUGAUUUAAUUCAUUUAUGUAAUGAUAAAAAUGAUGAACAUAAUUACAUAAAUGAAUUCUUUUAUUCUUCGGAAGAAAAUUAUAAAGAUGAAUUAGAAAAUUCUUCAAAUAAAAAUAUUCUAGUAAAUAAAACGAAUAGUACAGAAAAUAUAAAGUGUAUAGAAUGCAAAACAGAUGUGACAAUUAAUACUACUACAAAAAAAAAAUUAAAAAGAAGCAAUUUGCUAAAAGGUAUUACAAAAAGUGAUAAAAAAAAAUAUAAGCAAAUAUUGUUGCAUAUUUAUACAAUUUCAAAUGAUGAAUUAAUUGAAAAAUUUUUUAAAAAUCCUGAGCUUUUGUAUUAUGAAGUUUUGUUUAAUUGUUUGAAUCAAUUACCCAUUCAGAGAUAUUCUAUUUCUAUACCUAUUUACUCAAAUGCUCAUGUACAAAUAAUUGCACAUCCCCGAAUAUGCUCAGAAGAAGCAGCUAUUGUAAAGCAUUUCAUUGAACAUUUAAUUCUUUAA